AUGUACUUAUUAAGAGGCUUGAUUUAUUACUCUCGGUCAACUUUAGCAGCGCUUGUUCUUUGCGCUGGAGGAUUGUAUGGUACAGUGGCAUCCAUUUUAUUCACACUUGUGGGUAAGCAAUAUUUAGCGCAAUGGGUUACAGCGAGAUUUUUUUACUAUGCAAUGGCUAUAGUUUUUGGUAUUGAUGUCAAAGUGGAAAAUGAGCAUUAUUUAGAUAAUAAGCCAUUUAUUAUUGUUGCCAAUCAUCAAAGUGCACUUGAUAUUUUUAUGCUGGGUAGAGUUUUUCCAAAAGGGUGUACUGUGACAGCUAAAAAAUCGUUGAAAUACAUACCUUUUUUGGGUUGGUUUAUGGCUUUAAGUGGUACAUUAUUUUUAGAAAGAUCAAAUAGGGCUAAAAGUGUUGCGGUUUUGAAUCGUGGUCUCGAGAAUAUGAAAAAAAAGAAGAGAGCGCUAUGGAUGUUUGCCGAAGGCACAAGAUCUUAUACAACGGAACUCACAAUGUUACCAUUUAAAAAGGGUGCGUUCCAUUUAGCACAACAAGGUGGUAUUCCGAUUGUUCCAGUUGUUGUUUCGAACACGAGUACUUUGAUGAACCCAAAGUGGAAGAUCUUCAAUAGAGGUUGCAUCAACGUCAAGAUUUUGAAGCCAAUUCCAACUAUUGAUUUGAAGAAAGAAGAUAUCGGUAAAUUUAGUGAGGAUGUCAGGGAUUUAAUGGUAACGGAAUUGAAAAAAAUUGGUUACUCAACAUAUAUUUGCGAUACUGACGUUCCACCAGAGGUUAAGUUACUGGAAAGAAGACGAUUAGAAAAUGAAGAUUCUAAUGAGAGUGACUCGAGCGAAGCCCUUUCAAGUGAAAACAGCGCAGAGAGAGUUACCAAUACGAUUAAAGAAUUUAAGUAG